AUGUUGAGGCCGACCUCCAAGAGCCUCGCCAAGGCCAAGGCCAAAGCCAAGGCAGAGCCUAAAUCAGAGGCGUGGAAGCUUGGUGCUCGCGCGAAGUCAGCUGCAAAGGCGGCACAAGGGUCUGCUUCCUCUGAGCCCGCGCCGGCAGACCCCGUGAAGCCAAAGGUGCUCGUCGCGCCAAGCAAGUCAGUGGCAGCUGGAUUGGCUGCGGGGCGGGCAGCGGCGCCGUCGAAAGCUCCGCCUCUGGCGGCCAAGGCAGCGCCGAAGCUUGCGCCGAAGGCGGCCAAGUCAGCGCCGAAGCUUGCGCCGAAGGUGACGCCGAAGGCAAAAACCAGCCCUCAUGGCUCUACUGCGGGACUGGAGGCUGCCCUGCAGUCAUCGAUAGGACGAGGCACCAAGCGUGCUACGCCAGAGAGCGACGACUUUGCCGCCAUGGCGGCAGCCGUGAAGCACCACAAGAGCGCGACCCCAAAGGUCAAAGCCCUGGCCGAGGUCGUCUGCCCAGACUACGAGGAGAGUGACCCCUACCGCCUCGCCCAGGGCAUCCGAGCCUGGGCUACGCUGGGCGAGAAGGCCGUGCCGACGCCUUGGGCCACUUUCCCGGAUGCGCGAAUGCCUCCAGAGCUCAGCCGUGCCUUCUACGGAUUGGGCUUCGCUGCGCCUACGCCCAUCCAGGCACAGGUGUGGCCUGUGGCCUGCCAGAGCUUAGACGUCAUCGGCAUCGCACGCACGGGUUCCGGCAAGACUCUGGCAUACCUCUACCCUGCCUACCUCUGGAUGGCCUCCCGCCCGGGGCCCGGCGUUCGCUCGUUGCUCUUGGCGCCCACGCGCGAGCUCGCCACGCAGAUCCACGAGGAGGCUUGCAAGUUUGCUGCAGCCUCCAAAUUCACCAGUGCCUGCGUGUAUGGUGGAGUGCCGAAGAAGGACCAGCUGCCUCUUGUCCGUGCUGGAGCUCCAAUUCUGGUGGCCACGCCUGGGCGUUUGAAUGACUUCCUGGAGUCCCGCCAGAUCUCCCUGCAAAGCGUUGGAUACCUUGUUUUCGACGAAGCAGAUCGAAUGCUGGACAUGGGCUUCGAGCCGCAGAUUCGUGACAUCGUGAAGCAGCUCCCUCGCAGGCGGCAAACGCUCAUGUUCAGCGCUACGUGGCCAGAAGAGGUCCAGUCAUUGGCCCACGACUUCCUUCAGGACCCGAUUCACAUCCAGGUCGGCGACCCCACAGCUCUGCAGGCCAACGAAGACAUCAGCCAGCAGGUGUUGGUGCUGGGCUAUGAUCAGAAGGACGAGAUGCUCCUCAAGGCAGUUCGUAGCACCCGGCCCGACGAGCGCGUCUUGGUCUUCGUGGCCAUGAAGAAGCACUGCGAUCUCGUGGCCCGCACUUUGCGAAAGAAUGGUGUGGUGGCGAAUGCCAUGCACAGCGACAAAGACCAGCAGGAGCGCGAGGAGGCGCUGCGACAGCUUCGCAGCGGUGAGGCCCGAGUGCUCGUGGCUACCGAUGUGGCGGCCCGGGGUUUGGACGUGAAAGGUAUCGCUUUGGUGGUGAACUACGACCCGGCCAACAGCACAGAGGACCAUGUCCAUCGGAUCGGGCGCACCGGCCGUGCUGGGCAGAAAGGCCGCAGCAUAACCUUCCUCACGCGAUCUGGAGAGGACGCAUACAAGGCCGUCGGCAUCGCGGAGGUCAUGGAGAAGGCCAACUGCCCGGUUCCGGCGGAGAUGCAGCAGCUGGUGGAUCGUGUGCGCCAGCGGCAGGCACAGGCGCGGCAGAGCGACCAGCGCUGGGAAGACUUGCCGAAGGUGCUCAUGGUCGCCGAGAAGCCUUCUGUGGCGAAGCUUGUGGCCGAGAGCCUCUCAAAUGGCCGCAUGCGAUUUCGCAAAGGGCAGAGCCGGGCCGUGCAGAUCUUCGAGUUUGUGACCUGGUUCCCGCCGGCGCAGCAAAAGUGUCGCAUCCUCCAGACUUCUACCAUCGGGCACAUCUUUGGGCUUGACUUCGAGGAUGGCAGACCCUACGAUCUGGCGGACCUAUUCUAUGCGAAUGUCAAGAAGACGGUGGAGGGGGCGGUGGCCAAAAAUCGGAUCGUGGAGCACAUCCAAGAGCUUGCCGGUGAAGCCGAGUACCUGGCGCUCUGGCUGGACUGCGACCGCGAGGGCGAGAACAUCUGCUACGAGGUGAUGUCGCUGUGCUCCUCCAUCCCAGAGGAGAAUGUGUAUCGCGCACAUUUCUCGGCACUGACGCAGCCAGAGAUCAAGACUGCCUUUAAGACCCUGGGGCGCCCAGACAAGCAGCUGGCCAUGGCAGUGGAUGCGCGCCAGGAGCUGGACCUGAAGAUCGGUGUGGCCUUCACGCGGCUGAUGACGCGCACCUUUCUGAACUUCGCCAAGGAGAAGUUCCGCGUUUGGGAUCAGACCUGCCUGAGCUACGGCCCGUGCCAGACCCCCACGCUGUGGUUCUGCGUGGAGAGGCAUAAGGAGAUCGAACAGUUCCGGCGCCAGGACAUCUUCACGCCCACGGUGACCGUCAACAUUGAGGAUUAUCCUGUUGAGCUCAGUUGGGAGGAGGGCUCCACAUUGGAUGCGGGGCGAUCGCAACAGCUGGGACAGGUGCUGCAGGGCGCGACCACCGCCUCGCUGCUGGAAGUGACUUCUACAAGGAAGCGUGCGCGGCGGCCGGUGGGGCUCAACACGGUCCAGUUGCUCAAGGCUGCUUCCACUGGACUGGGCAUGUCUCCGGCACAGUGCAUGAAGGUUGCCGAGGGCUUGUACUCAUCCGGCUACAUCUCAUAUCCCCGCACAGAGACCACAAAGUAUUCCGACACCUUCGACAUUGUGGGGGCCCUGCGGGAGCAGGCAAACCACCCGUCCUGGGGAAAGACGGUCAGCUACUUGCUCCGGCAAGGAAGCAUGCGUUCCCCAGUCUCUGGUACAGACAAAGGCGACCACCCCCCCAUCACGCCGAUGCGGGCGGCACCAAAGGACGAGUUCAGCAAGGGGAAGGAGUGGCGACUGUACGACUAUGUCACACGUCACUUCAUCGCAUCCCUGAUGGAUGAUGCGGAGUACGACGAGAUACGCUACGUUUUUGACGUGUGUGGCGAGAGGUUCGUGUUCACCUACCACGAGGUGGCUGAGCGCGGCUUCUUGUAUGCCAUGCCAUGGAAAGCGAAUGAUCUGAAGCUUGAAGAGAUCGACUGGGAGAUGCCGGACAUGGCGGAGGGUGACGAGCUAUCCGUCGAUGAGGUCGGCGUGGCCCGUGACACCACGAAGCCUCCCGAUUACCUGAGGGAAAGUGAGCUCGUGGCCCUGAUGGACAAGAACGGCAUCGGCACAGAUGCGUCCAUCCCACAGCACAUGCAGAACGUUGUAGACCGGCACUACGUCAUGAUCUGCGGGCCGGGCGAGAAUGGCCAGCGAGGCGAAGUCAUCUCCAAGGGGGGCAAGGGCAAAGGUCGGAAAGGCAAAGGGAAGGGUGGCAAAGGCGAAGAUGGACGCCCUGCAUCCAGGCACAUGGUGCCUACACCCAUGGGGCUGAGCUUGCUGGCUGCCUUUGAAGAGCUGGAUCCGCAGCUCUGCCGGCCUCCGAUCAGGGCCUUCAUGGAGAAGCAGGUGGCUCAGAUUGCGGAAGGCAUGCUGGACAAGCCAGACGUAACAGCGCAGAACUUGGACUUGUUCCAUUCCAAGUUCUUGAGUUUUCGGGAGGAGGUCAAAAACGCCAAGGCGACAGCUGGGGCGGUGACAGCAAGCGACACAAGGGCGACGGAAAAGGUGGAGGCAAGAGCCAUGGCAAAGCCGGCAAAAGCAAAGGGGGAAAGAAGUAGAAGAUGCUUCCCACCGCGCUCGCCGAUUCAGCCACGGAGGAGGACCUGGGCAGAGCUUCACCCCUGUGCAGGGAACUGA